UUUUCGCGGCGCCAUUGGGCGGCGCGACUGCCGCUCCCCCCGCCUCAAGGGGAGGGAGCGGUGCGGGCCGGGGAGAGAAACUUUCUGCGAGCGGGGGCGGGAUGGCGACGGCGAGUAGCCGGCGCGGGGCCGUGUCCUCUCAGUUGGUGUCUCGCGGGGCAGCCAGGAGCUGGGGCGUCGCGGCGGCGGCUCUCGCAAACGACUCUCCGAGGUUGCGGAGGCCCUUGGCCCCGCAGCGGCUGGCAGCUCCCUCGGGAGCCGGGGAGCGGCGAGGGCCGGGCCGUGCCUGGCGGCGGGCGGUCCGCCCCGGGUGUUGCGGUUCCGUGUGGUGCGGCCCGGCCGCUCGCUGGGCACCUGCCUCGGGCUGGGCUCCUCGGGGUACUGCCGCGAGACGAGCAGCCGCUCGUGGUGCUGCUCGGUGUCUCCCUGCAGGUGCCCGGCCCUUCUCGCCUGACUGCCGGCCGUGCCCGGGGAUGGUGUGUUGCUGCUCUUGGUGUGCCAGCUCUGCCUUGGCUGCCUGUGCUGAGGUGUGCUGAGGCUGCCGGGCAUGAGCUGUGUGGCUGUGUAGGACCGGGAGAAACUGAGGCCUCCUGAGAGGUGCUGGGAGCAAUAAGAAAAUAAGAAAAUAAAUCUAGUAAAUAGAUAGUUCAGUAAAUAUCUCUUUCCCAGUGGCUCUAUGUUUACGUUGCACAGUACCCCGUUUCUGCUCUGCGUGUACCUGCUCUGUCCAUGCAGACUGGUCCUUCAGGAUAGCUUGAGCUUCUGCGUUGUGUUUCAUGAGAGGUAUCAAUUCUUAAGUGCUAAAACUGCUUGCACGAUAUAACUGUUACAGCACUGUUUUCUCAGAUUGAAAUGGUAGCGUUACUUUUCAGGUCAUGUGUGCACAGAUAUCUUUCCUGUACGAAGUUAUAUGACAAGCCUGGGGUGCAGAAGUUACAGUGGACAGCAUGUUGCUCCAUAAGGUGGAUAUUGGAGACAGUUAGGUGUCACAUGGAUAUUUGCAACCCCACUAAAUCAUAAGAGCAAAAUUUUACAGCAUGUUCCUUUCAUUGCUGCUUUGGAAACAACUCUGAGUUGCAAUACUGCAGUGGGGUCUGCAUUUCAAGUUUUCCACUCACGCUGUUGCGAGAGGGAUGAAAUGCAGCAGAACACCCUCAUUAGGUCAUGGGCUCUGAAAAACAGGAGAAGGGUAAGUUGUUCUUUGUUGUGGAAAGAGGGAACAGUGCAAGUAGCAUCAAGCAGCUUUAAAGUAAGGAAUUAAAGCCCUGCAGUGAGAUAUAUACAUACAUAUAUAUUUGAUACUGGAAGGAAAUAACACAAAGGAGCACAUGCAUGUUCCUCAAUUUCAAAAUAUUCAGGAUGUUUUAUUUAGAAGUAUCUGAUGUUUGGGUAGAUGAGUUUUCAAAGCAUGCUCAGAGGUUUUCAGUGAAAGGGUAGAGAUAGUGCCUCUGUUGCAGAUAGCUUGAAUUCAACAUAAAAACCAGUCAUUGAAGUGUAAAAUAAGGGAAGGAAUGUUUGUCCACUGAAAAUCUGUUUUUGAUUGGCUUGCUGUAGUGCCUUCCAGGGUCUACAAGAAAUAGACAAAGGGAUUCUCACCCUUGUAGUAGAAAUUCCUUCCAAAGUAGGGAAGAGGACCAUUCCAGAGUUGUUUAGCUGAAGACAUGUGAGUGUAUGAGGAACUCAUGUGAAAGAUGUAUCCAAAGACAGUCAAAACGGAGUACGUGAAACCAGUUGGUGGCUGUACUAUAAUCUGUGAUAUCCUCUGAAUCUUAGGAGCUGUGGGGUACACCUAUAUUUCUUUUAUUGAGCCAAAGUUGAGCUGAAUGCAGACAGCUUGCUACAUUUGUUCAUGGAGACGCUUUGGUGAGGCAGUUUGCCCAUGCAUGUGAAAAAUGCAUAUUUAAUGGACUUACUACAGGAUCCUGCAUUCACAUUAGUGCUGCGUUUGGUUGUAUCGCUGUAGUGGAAAUGCUAAGUCACAGCCUGAGCCAAUGAUUGAGCACCUGGUGGGAAGGCAGGGCCAGCCCAGGGGAGCUCAGGUGCAAGCAAUGCCCUCGAGUGACCAGAAGGCGUGGAGCCAGGAUCUCCCCCUUCCCAGACCUCAUUUAAGGAUUGGAAGUGGAGGUGCAGGCAUCUCUUGCUGCAGAUCCACGCAUACCUGAGGUCUUCCAAAGGCCUUAAAGGACACUUUUGCUUGAUAGAAUGGAUGAGCAGUCACAGGGCAUGCAGGGGCCCACGGCUCCGCCAUUUCAGCCACAGAAAGCCUUGCGACCUGACAUGGGCUAUAAUACGCUUGCCAAUUUCCGAAUAGAGAAAAAGAUCGGCCGUGGCCAGUUCAGUGAAGUUUACAGAGCAACCUGCUUGUUGGAUGGGGUACCGGUGGCACUGAAGAAGGUUCAGAUAUUUGAUCUAAUGGAUGCCAAGGCCCGCGCUGACUGCAUCAAAGAAAUAGAUCUUCUAAAGCAACUGAAUCAUCCAAAUGUAAUUAAAUACUAUGCAUCAUUCAUUGAAGACAACGAACUGAACAUAGUGUUGGAAUUAGCUGAUGCUGGGGAUCUCUCAAGAAUGAUAAAGCAUUUUAAGAAACAGAAGAGGCUGAUUCCUGAACGAACAGUUUGGAAGUACUUUGUUCAGCUUUGCAGUGCGUUGGAACAUAUGCAUUCUCGUCGUGUUAUGCACAGAGAUAUAAAGCCAGCUAAUGUGUUCAUUACAGCUACGGGAGUAGUAAAGCUGGGAGAUCUUGGUCUUGGAAGAUUUUUCAGUUCCAAAACCACAGCUGCUCAUUCUUUAGUUGGUACACCUUAUUACAUGUCUCCAGAGAGAAUACAUGAAAAUGGUUACAACUUCAAAUCUGACAUCUGGUCUCUGGGCUGCCUGCUGUAUGAGAUGGCUGCACUGCAGAGUCCCUUUUAUGGUGAUAAAAUGAACUUGUACUCGCUGUGCAAGAAGAUAGAGCAGUGUGACUAUCCGCCUCUCCCUUCAGAUCACUAUUCAGAAGAACUGCGACAAUUAGUUAAUAUGUGCAUCAACCCGGAUCCGGAGAAGCGACCAGACAUAACCUAUGUCUAUGAUGUAGCGAAACGUAUGCAUGCACACACUGCGAGCAGCUAAACAGACAUCAGACCCUGAAGAUCAGAAAUGCUCAAGUACUUUAAAUAAAUCAUCCCACCUCUUUGCAUUACAGAAAUGUAAUUAUUUAAAGCUUACUGUUGUGCUUUGUAAACCCAUUUAUAUACGAACUUAAAUGUUUUCUGUUUAUUUUUAUUUUUUUUUUUACUUUUUACCAACUUGCAGUUUUAACAGAUUUUAAAUAUAUAAAGCAUAACCUUAGAAGAUACUGAGAGCCGCUGUUUUCCACGUUAAGUGGGUUCAAGUAUGUUUUCUUUACUAACAAAAUGUGUUCAGUUGGGCCUCAGUUCUAAAACACGGUUGCACUUUUGCACAGGAUACAGAUAUUAGGCUUAUGUAGAAGCAAAAUGUCUGAAUCUCACACCUUUUUAUUAAUUUAUAGGAAGUAUGAAUCAGCACAGUUAGGUUUAUUUUAAUCUUAGUUCUAAAAGGGGUAUAAUUAUUAUAGAAGGCUACUGUAUUUUAUAGCAAAUUAUAGCGUGCAGUUCUCAACACACGAGUAGGCAGAUGACAUGAUUAGUUCUGUGCUUGCCAAACGUGAUGCAAAAGUAGUUAGUGGGGAAAAAAGCCUUACACUGAAAUUAUUUUAACGUCCCUUUUCAUUUUGCUGUUCUGUCAUAAUGCACAUAAAACAUUUGUUGGAGGUUUUAUGGGAAAACUUAAGGUGUUGAUUCUGCAGUUUGAUCAUUUUCAAUAGCCUUGUGCAGCGCUGCCCCGGGGCAAUGUGAGUCUGCAUAGCUGAGUGUUAAAACCAUGCAGAUGCUGCUUGUAGCGAGUAGUGCUCUUCUGAGGCUGGCACGUGUGAGAGGGUCUGAUUAAAAGAUGUGAUCUUUAAGUUACAAAUCCUAUUUCUGUAAAUGUCACUGUUUGUAGAGUUUUGUAUUUAAAAUCAUUUGACCUUACGAUUUUAAAAUGCUUUUAAAAUACCAAAAUCUUUUGGAAAAUGUACGGUUGUGUACUAAAACACAGUAUAUUCUUCACAAAUAUCAGAUUUUGUAUAUUGUAUCCUCAGAAGUAGCUUUAUAUUGAGUAAAAGUAAAUCCUAGCAUUUAUGUUUCAGAGCAAGUUGCCACUUCCAUUUCGGAAAUGUGUUGAUGCAAAAUGUCUUACAGAUACUUUAUUAUUGAAAAGGAGACCGACGAUAUUUUGGUUAAAUCUUAAAACCUCUCUGGUAUGCUUAAUUAUGUUGUCACUGUUAAGGGAAAAAGGCUGUUGAAAAAUAGAGACGGGACUCAAAUUUCUCUAAUAUCAAGGCUGAACUUUUUUCAAGAAUACACAGAACAGUCAAAACAGAGUUCUUACCAGUGAGAUUGCUGAGAAGCUGUUAGUGUCAGUUAAACCCCUUUGUCAUGUGGGUAAAAUAUGUGGGAAGUGAGUUCAGAGCAAAUCAGCAAUGCGUCCAUCCACACUGGGGUUCUGUAUGCAGUCCGUUCCCUGCACUUUUUGUUUUGCUGUUUUUCUUCUCCGUGCAGCUUUUUUAAUAGAUGCAGUGCUCAAAGAAUAAAAAUCCAGAUGUGGGAUAUUUGGAGUUAGAUCAGCUGUGCUUUUGGGUAGGUGUCUUUUUUUUUUUUAAUUAGAAAUACUGUGGAAAUUCUAUUUGACAAAAUGCAGGAGUUUUAAACAGUAUGUGCCACAACUUCAUCUUAGAACAUUGUUUUUCUGUUGUUGUUCAGUUUUAAUUUCCAGACUUCCUAGGCCAAGUCCUUAAUUUUCCUUCUUGCUGCCAUAUUUACUUGAUCUAGUCUUGGUAGGACUCCAGUGGAACAAUGUAUAGGAAGAAAGUGCUUGAGAAACCUUGGUUUGUGUUUAACAACCUCUGUAUUUGCAUUCAUGUAUUAUCUGAUAACUGUAUUUUACACAAAUGAUGGUUAUAUUCCAGUUCAGAUGUCAGAGAGAAAUGGUUUGUAUUGGCAAAGGCAGCACAGUACUUGCUUGGCUGCCGCGAUUCGUUGUCCGUAUGCACCAGUACUGCAAUCAUUCUCUGAAAUGGACUAGAAUGUUCCAAAGUCACUGACAAAAAAAGCCCAUCGCAGUCAGGCUAUAUGCAUCUAAUACUGUGCACCGAGUAUUAUUACUUUGCCUGAAAGUAACCAACAAUAGAUUUUUAUUUCCUUUUCUGGAAGGAUAUGUGGAGUAAAGAAAUGAUGAAUUAAAAGUUAGCAAAUGUGGAAUUCAUUGGCGUGGGUGUGUUGUUUUUGUUUUGUUUUGCUAAUUAAAUUUUGUGCUGAAUAACA